CUGAGCUGAGUUGCAGGGAAAAGGCAGAGAGGGGUUGAGAGAAGCGAUUGUUGCAACGUGCGCUGAUAAGAGGAAGUGGGCUGGAGGUGAAGGGUGGGAGGUGGUCAAGUGCGGCGUGUGCACAGCUUUCUCUCCAGGUUAUCUUCACAACAACCUUGUGACGUAGACUCUUAAUGCAGAGGACAGUCGCUGUCCUUGGCGGAGGGGUGAGUGGGCUUGCAGCAUGCUACUACCUGGCCAGAAGCUCCCAGGCGCCCAAGGUAAUCCUGUUAGAAAGCAGCAGCCGUCUUGGAGGUUGGAUCCAUUCCACGUGCACAGAGGACGGGGCAGUUUUUGAACAUGGGCCCCGAGGAAUCCGUCCUGCGGGGGCUGUGGGAAAGAACACCCUUCUUAUGGUCUCUGAACUUGGACUCGAAGGGGACGUGCUGCCUGUCCCCGGCAAUCACCCAGCUUCCAAGAACCGCUUUCUCUAUGUUCGUGGGGCCCUGCAUAAACUCCCUUCAAGUAUUGGCGGUUUUGUGCGGACCGUGCCACCGUUCACCCGUCCUCUGGCCUGGAGCAUGCUGAAAGAGCUGAUGACCCCUCGCGGUUCCAAAACAGAUGAGUCCAUCCACGCCUUCGCGAUGCGUCGUUUUGGCCAGGAGCUGGCUGACAUCCUCGUCGACAGCCUGUGCCGGGGUGUGUUUGCCGGAGACUGCCGGACGCUGAGCAUGCGCUCUUGCUUCCCGGCGGUGUUCCAGGCCGAGCGGAUGCACCGUUCUGUCAUCGUGGGCAUGGCCCUUGGCGGAGAGAAAAGCCCCCCCUUGGACUCUCCGCUAAUUUACAGGGCCUGCGAAGAGGGUUGGAGCCAGUGGUCGCUGCGUGCGGGCAUGCAGUCUUUGCCCAAAGCCCUGGAGGACUUUGUCAGGCGGCGCGGGGUGGAGAUUCACUGUGGUGCCCCUGUGAGGCGGCUGGAGAGAGCUGCAUCUGGCUCCUGGAGGAUAGCGCUGGAGGAUGGUGUUGUGGAGGCGGAUCACGUGAUCAGUGCUUUGCCCGCCAAAGCUCUUUCGAGGUUGCUCCCCGGCUGGGCUGAACCACUUUCCCGAGAACUGCUGGCCAUCCAAGCCGUUUCUGUUGGGGUGGUGAACCUGCAGUAUAAAAAUGUGGCGCUCCCCGUCACGGGAUUUGGGCAUUUGGUACCGGCCUUUGAGGACAGCUCACUGCUAGGCAUUGUUUAUGACUCUGUCGCCUUUCCCGAGCAGGAUGGUUCCAGUGGUCCUUCCACGCGCCUGACGGUGAUGUUGGGCGGUGCGUGGUUCACAUCAGGUCUUGGUGAUCCAGACACGGUCUCCCACGCUGUGCUGCUGAGUCGGGCCCAAGCAGCUGUUAAAGAGCACCUUGGGGUGUCUGCCGAGCCAUGUCGCACCAUCGUCAAGGUGCAGAAGGCCUGCAUCCCUCAGUACACCCUUGGCCACUGGAAACACAUUGAAAGUGCAGCCGCUUACCUGGAGCAGCAGAAGUUGCCUCUGAGCCUGGUUGGGGCCUCUUAUAAGGGUGUCUCCGUCAACGACUGCAUCUCCGGUUCCCGGACUGCCGUGAGCAAGCUUCUUGGCCACGGCUCCUGAGAGCGAGCGAGAAGGGGGAACGUGGCUUCUCCUUGGCUUGUGGGAUUCCUUUCCCAAAUUGCUCGUCCCUGCUGUUGGCCUUGGUUCUUGUCCUGCAAACUGCCCGGGACCGGAGAGGUCAACGCAUCUCUUGGCGCUAGACCCAGGCCUCUUGCAUUAAAUGGAGAAGAGGCGGUUGAGCUGGGUCUCCUUGGAACAGAGCUGCUCCUCCUAGCUGUAUCCACUGUGUCCGCAAGUACCAAACUCUCCAUGCCAAGAAGCAAGAGCACCAUCCAGAGAAGGCCUUGGUGAGGACUAGGCACAUGCCCCGUUGUGAUUGCAAAAGCAGGUGGCUUUCCCCUUGCAGCGUGCUGUUCCCCUGGCCCUGAAAGUGUUUCUUACUUUGCCUGAAGGUAGGUGGGAGGGUAUGUGUUGGUCCUGCUGUUGUCUGUGGGGUGAGGAGGGGUGUGUGACCCCUCCGACUCCUGGUAACUUCUGCAUAUAGUUGACUAGUGUACAGAUGUCUGCUAAUAAAAAACAAAACAAAACAGCCCUGUUCUUGGAGUUGGCA